AUGACUAACGGAUUGACCGGAGGACUCGGCGGUCUGCUGGCAGAGAGGUCAGGUGGCGUUCCGAGGAGGAGAUACAAAAGAUACACUACAGGGACUUACAUCGGACUCAUUGCGUAUGCAAUUCAAGAUUCACCAGAUAAGAUGCUCACGUUCAAACAGAUAAUGAAAAAGCUGGAACCGUUUGUCUUCGGAGACAAAAGGGGCAUUGAGAACAACAUCAGAGUCUGUCUUUCAUCAAACAGGUGUUUUGCAAAGGUGCCAGUCGAUCCGGAUUAUCCAAAUCCUAAAAAGAACUUCUGGAAAGUGGAUGAAAAUGGCAUUACUCCAAAAAUGUUUCGCCGACAUUUCAAAUAUCUAAUCAACGUAUUCCCUGGCCUGUCGAUUCAGACACAACCGGUGGAUGAGUGUAAAGACGAUUCUUAUGCUCCUGAGCCUCUUACUCCAGCCUGCAAGGUCACCGAAAACAAAAGUGAAGGCAAAUUUACAGGCCCCUUUUCCAUAGAUUCAUUACUGAAGAGCGACCGCGAAGUGAAGCGCAUGCGCAGCACGCGUUUGGAGGAACAUGCACGCUACAUAGACGCACAGCGUGGAGCGACCAAGAGAAAAAACAUUUAUGAAUAUGAAGCAGUGAAGUGUUAUUACCCUGUUUCAGCAGUAGGAUGUGAAGUGUCCUCAGCGAGAAGACCUCGUCUAUCUUCAGGACCUCAGUUCGGACGGUCUCUGCCUCCACAUAUCGCAUAUAAUCACCAUGUUCUCUUCAGCUCUCCUUCAGUGUAUAAUACUAGAUAUGUCCGCUGGUGAACAGCCAAGAACGACCGCAUGUAAAUAGGAAGAAAUUGCACUUUAUUUUUGUUCUUCUUUUUUUGUUUUUUAAAUAAAACGAUCUUUUUCACAUUUUUGUUUAGGCCUACUUUGCUUGAUGACAGAUUAUUUUUAUACCAUAUAUACUUCAGAGUACCAUUUAAUUUAUUGAAUAUCACUAUAACAUAACAUUUGAAACGCAUCCAAAGGCUGACAUAAAAUAUUUGUAAACAGUUUGAUGACUUAUAACGGAGAAACUUGAACUAAUUGAUCUUUGAAAAUUUAUUUCAGCCAUACUAAAUAAGU